AAGAGAAAGAUGGAGGAAGAAGAGGAGGAGAAAGAGGAGAAAGGGGAGGAGAAAGAAGAAAGAGAGGAGGAGAAGGACAAAGAGGAGGAAAAAGAAGAGAAGGAGGAGGAGGAGAAAGAGAAGGAGAAAAGGAAGAAAAAAGAAAGAAAAAGAAAAGAAGAAAGAGAAAGAAAGAAAGAGAAGUCAUCAGUAGAAAAUGGACCAAGUGUGUACCUUGACGGUCAGGUGGUCCAGGUAGCAUCAACACAUCGGCUGUAA